UGCCGCCAGCCACAGAGCAGAGCCCGCCGCGCUGUCGACGGGAUGUGUCGUGCUUAGUGUACUGGUGCUCUAAAACAUGGGACCCCAAUUUGACUAUUGUCUCCGUGCUACGAAUAAUCCGUCUUACUUCGCGUUGCCGGAAAAGAAUGUGCCGGUCAGCGAAGAUUCUCGGUCUCCGCCGCCGGGGUCAGAGCCGUGUUCUCGCUCUGCCCCGAGUCGAAGUUGGCAUGAUUCCAUCAGACCUUUGGGAUCACCGCGGCGGCGAGAGCCGGAGAGCCCCAGGCGGAAGGAGUUUAGAGCGCUACUCAGAUCACUAUCUGCAAGAGAGCCUGAACAAGCUGAAGCAUUCUUGAGAGGACAGCCCAGACCUGGGGAUUGUGCACCAGGUGACAUGCGACAUACCUUUACAGCACCGCGCAUCAAGAAAGGCAAGAUUAGUGCAACAGUAGUGACAUCGGAGGGUCCGCAAGAACGUGAAGAAGUUUUCUAUACCAUUCCCCUCCAGGGACGCCGGAGACAUUCGGUAGGAGGCUAUCUGACGACUGAAGGCGGUGGUACGGGGGAGGUCACCACCGUUCCUAGCGAAGUACCGAAAAUGCCACCACCCAGAUUCACGCAGAGGGAAGAAGAAGUCAAACGGAGAAGACCGAAAAAUUUUAUCUUUAAAGAAAUGGAAGACAUAGCUAUACUUUGGAGUUCUGCCUCCCCUGAGAGUGCGCUGUGGUCCGACUAUCUAGUAGCCAGUUUCGACAAAAUCAUGUCGCAGCGAGCGAGACACCACUACAGAGUAACACCGGUAACAGCAGAAGAACUACUGUCGAGCGACUCUCAAGAAAAACUGGAAAAGCUGUCGAAAGCACAGUUGCAAAUCGUCAUACUGUGCCCUAACCUCGCUGCCAAGAUGGCCGACUUGAAAAAAGAAGGCUUUAGCGAAGACCUGUUCAAGGUGGACAAAGUGCUCGUCAUGCUGCUCGGAGUGGAGAAGAAUCACAUCGUCGCUAAUCAUUGCGAAGAGUACCCCACCAUAGACCAAUGGCAGAUGAUGAGCGUGCGGGAGAAAGACACGACUUUUGUGGACACUUUCCUCACUGCGGCAGUUGGGAUACUGAGAACCAAGGACUGCAAGGAUACAGCCACAGACCGCACUAGCUUCUCUAUUGUACCAAAGAAAGUUAAAAUCGGGCAGAGUCGAGUGAUAGCACUCCUCAACGACCCCAUUAGAGAGGAGGACAGCAUUAAGAUAAUGGUGGACAAGAAAGGCGAGGUCAUACAAAUACCCACCUACAAGAAGAGGAACCCUUACACUCUACAAUUCGAUAUCCCAGAGUCGUGCUUGGAAGUGUCCAUGCUGGUUUGGGUAAAAGUGAGCAAGAACGGCCAGUCGCUGGGGAGGCGGCAAAUUAAGUGCGAGAGUCGUCUUAGAGAAUUGGACCAACUGCUCCGAGCCUCGGAGUAUCCUCUGGAGUUUAUGUGCCAGACUUUGGGUUUCAAAACUACCAGUAAAGAGCAGCUGGACAGUUGGAUGCUGAAUGCUUUUCAGAAAAAUAUUCCACCGCACUUCAAUCUUAUGGCCUCCAACGAGCAAUUUAAUCCUAAAGGAGAUAUAUCAAGUGGUGAAGAGUAUCCCACUCUUUUGCAUUGGGCCGCCAGGUUUGGGUUAGAGAGAGUGUGUUGGCAACUGCUCGAGUGUCCAGGGGGCGGGGCGGCUGUCGCGCUGCGCAACGUGCGGCACCGCACGCCAGCGGACCUGGCCCGCGACCACAAGCACUACCGCCUCGCCGAUGUACUCGCCGACCAUCUGAAAAUCAACGAGUUCUCCAACAUGUACUACUAUUUGAAAAACAUGUCAGACAACGACAAGGAAGAGAAUCAGACCGAAAACAAACAAGACGAUUUGUGUAUUGUCGAAUCUUGCGAUACGGUCGAUUCCCCCACUCACGACAAGACAGAGGAAAAUACGACAGAUCAAUCCAGCGAUCCGUUUAGCGAAGCUUGCACUCAGAACCUGGAAGAAACCCCAAAUGCACCGAAAGAGGAAAAGAAAAGACCGACACUGAAGUUACCGAAGGUGAAGGAGCAGUUUUACCAAAACGAGUUACCGUUCGAUGACACCGCCGGCAGGAUCCAGCAGGCCAUUGAGCACGACUACCUAGUCCAACCCUCUAACAUUAAAGUAGAAAGCCCAAAAUUCAGACCAAAUAAUUUAUAUGCAAAUAGUUCCCGUUUGAUACCGCAACAGUCGGAUAUAUUCCUGUAUUCGCCCACCGAGGAGUCAAAAACAUUUAUGAUUGAAACUCCCACUAGUGACAUAAGCCAAAUUAAUUUGAAUACCAAAGACGCCCGUCGUAGCGGUAGUGUGAAGUCUGGUAAAGAGAGUUGUCCCUUGACUGGACAGGAGGAGUUAGCUGAAAUUAUCAACGAUUUCAAGAACAACGUGUUCACCAUAUCCGAAGUGGAAAAGUUAGUGAUGGAGUGGAGGAACAGAAACGAAACUCAACAGUCGAUGAAGGAGAAACAGGAGCAGUUGAACAAAAUGAGAGAGGAAUACGACAAAAUCCAACAGAAGAUCAAAGAUCACAUGAAACGACCGACCCCGUUUGAAAGAGUUAAGAAAAUGUUUUCAAAAAGUAAAAAUAAACAUCAUGAUAUAAGUAAUGGAGCAAUAGAAAAACGGAAUGGAAGCACGAGACCAAGUAGCAGCAUGAGCGACACCCAAGUUCGCUCCUGCUUGGAGUACUGCUGUCACCUUUGGGAUGGAUCUGCUCGGUAUCAGCCGGAUGCAGUGGACUCGGUGGAACACCGUGCGAUGAGACUCAUAGGCAAUGACGCUCUCGUUGAGGCUAAUCUCCAGAGCAUUGACCACCGAAGACGCUCAUCAUCGUCCGGGCGUUUGAGCACAGUCAGUGGAGGAAGCGUAGCAGAGACGAAUAGUGUUCAGUCAGAACACGACGACAAGGCGAGGUCAAUCGCUAGUAUGAUAUCCUCGAGCACCCUCACAAUGCACUCGUGCGACGACGGGCGGCUCGAUGACUACCUGAUUCCGCCACCACCGCGCCCACUCAACGGCGGUCCGCAGUUCACGACGUUCGGACAUCCCAAAAAUGAGACAAGGAGUCACCACAUGGCGACGAUAGUGGAGCGCGAGUCUUCCGCGUCACGCGAGCGCCUGGACUGUGAGUCGGAAGUGCAGGGCACGCACCUGCGUAUGAACUUCCCGCGCGAGCGGAGUCGCUGCGACGAUCGAGACGGCGCGCAUCAUUACAUGAACAUUUCCGCUACCCACACUUAGAGCCCGGAAACCACCCCGAAGCUAAUAACAGAAACGUCAGCUUCCCAUAAUUCACGUUUCAAAGGACGCGGACUGCGAUGCUAUAAACAUACUUCAACAUAGCACGCUUUAACGCCACGCGCUUGCGCAUGAACUACUGCGACGACCGACGAUGAAAAACAAAUCUCAAUAAUUCGACGUUAUAAAACUGUGGGGC